GGGCGGUGCCGGGCCGGGCCGGGCCGGGGGCGGAGCGGGGCUGUCCCGAGCUGCGGGGCCCGGCCCGGCCCAGCUGAGCUCAGCAUGCUGCGGGCGCUGGUGCGCGGCUCCCGGCUCUGCCCGGCCCUGCUCCGGGCUCCCUUCUCGGCCGCCGCCGCCUCCCCCAUCCCGGCGCCCAACCCGCGCCCCGACAUCGCCUAUAACAAGAUUUUCAUAAAUAACGAAUGGCACGAUGCAGUCAGCAAGAAAACCUUCCCCACCAUCAACCCAGCCACGGGAGAAGUCAUCUGCCAGGUGGCUGAGGGCGAUAAGGCAGAUGUGGACAGGGCAGUGCAGGCAGCCAAGGCAGCAUUCCAGCUGGGCUCUCCCUGGAGGAGGAUGGAUGCAUCUCAGCGGGGGAAGCUGCUGAACCGUCUGGCCGACCUGAUCGAGAGGGACCGCGCCUACCUGGCCGCCCUGGAAACUCUGGACAAUGGCAAACCCUACGCCAUCUCCUACCUGGUGGAUUUGGACAUGGUGGUCAAAUGUCUCAGAUACUUUGCAGGCUGGUCAGAUAAAUUCCAUGGCAAAACCAUUCCUUUAGAUGGAGAUUUCUUCUGCUACACCCGCCAUGAGCCCGUGGGAGUCUGUGGACAAAUCAUCCCGUGGAACUUCCCAUUGUUGAUGCAAGCAUGGAAACUGGGGCCUGCCCUGGCCACUGGGAAUGUGGUUGUGAUGAAAGUGGCAGAGCAAACCCCCCUGAGUGCUCUGUACGUGGCCAGUCUGAUCAAAGAGGCUGGAUUCCCCCCGGGCGUGGUGAACAUCAUCCCUGGCUAUGGCCCCACGGCAGGAGCUGCCAUCUCCUCCCACAUGGACAUUGACAAAGUGGCUUUCACCGGCUCCACCGAGGUUGGACACCUGAUCCAAAAGGCUGCAGCAGAGAGUAACCUCAAGAGGGUGACCCUGGAGCUUGGAGGGAAGAGCCCAAACAUCAUCAUGUCUGAUGCAGACAUGGACUGGGCUGUGGAUCAAGCCCACUUUGCCCUCUUCUUCAACCAAGGGCAGUGCUGCUGUGCUGGCUCCAGGACCUACGUGCAGGAGGAUGUUUACAACGAGUUUGUGGAGAGGAGUGUGGAGAAGGCCAAGGCCAGGGUGGUUGGAAACCCCUUCGACUUCAAAACUGAGCAGGGGCCUCAGGUGGAUGAGGAGCAGUUCAAGAAGAUCCUGGGCUACAUCAGCACGGGGCAGAGGGAGGGAGCCAAGCUGCUGUGUGGUGGCAACCCUGCUGCAGACAGGGGCUACUUCAUCCAGCCCACGGUGUUCGGGGACGUGCAGGACAGCAUGACCAUUGCCAGGGAGGAGAUCUUUGGGCCGGUGAUGCAGAUCCUGAAAUUCAAAACCAUCGAGGAGGUCAUUGAGAGAGCCAACGACUCCAAGUACGGCCUGGCAGCCGCGGUGUUCACCAAGGACCUGGACAAAGCCAACUUUGUGUCCCAGAGCCUGAGGGCUGGCACGGUCUGGAUAAACUGCUACGAUGUGUUUGGUGCCCAGGCUCCCUUCGGUGGCUACAAAGCCUCUGGGAACGGGCGGGAGCUGGGGGAGUACGGCCUGGAGGCUUAUGUGGAGGUGAAAAACGUGACAAUCAAAAUUCCACAGAAAAACUCCUAAACUACAGCAACCUUCUCCACGACUUUGAGAAGAAUUAUGCAGCUUCAUGACACACAAAGCUCAAUACACAACAUUUAGUAUGCAAAAAUAUGUAACUCUGCAUUAAGAGGUGUUUUUUAGGUGUUGAAAGGAGCUUUUGUUAAAAAAAUGAAACAAACCUACUUGGCUUUAUCUUUUUAAAAUACCAAAUACAGCUGGCUGAGCACUAACAAGAUGGGUGUUUACUUUGGGUACAUUUUGGGUAUUAUGUGGGUGCAAUCACCCAUAGGAGAGGGGUGUGAUCUUUACAUCUGUCUCAUAAAUAAGCUUAUUUUUCCCAAGAAAUCAUUUAAAUGCUUGUUUAGUCUAGGAGGAUUUAUAUACUAGAAAAUAACAACUGUGUGUUGGCUUACAGAAUUAAGUCGAUAUCCCUUGUCCUAUAAACUGUUUCUCUUCUGUGAACAAAGUGAACUGAGUUUGGUGAGAGAGCAGCAAGAAAUCUGUGAGGGAAAAGUGUUUUGUUGUGUCCUGCUCAUUGUAGCCACUCCAAAUAAACAUUUCUUGUCUCAGUGCAGUCAA